AUGGAUACAGCAAGGUCGUCCAGUUACGCCGCUAUUGGUUUAUCUAGUGUUGUCAUUAUUACGUCUCUGGCCUAUAUACCUUACAUGCUUUCACAAAUCGACUCUGUUCUCGACUCCAUUAAGGUGGGUACAGUACAUAACGAUCAGUUCCAAGCCAUAGAAAUUGCAGUCAACCUAGAGUUCAAAGAGCUGAAAGUGGAUCGCCCUCGCAAACGGCGUCAGACAGUGGGAGUUUGCACUUGCGAUGCUGGAAAUGACUGUCCAUCUGGAGCAAAGGGUAUGCCUGGAGCCAGCGGUUUCGAUGGGGAUCCAGGUAACAUGAGUGUACCUAUCGCGCCUUAUUCAAAUUUCAAUGCUCUAGGAACUCCGGGAACACCAGGAGAGCCAGGUCCACCCUCUUCCGUCAUGAUUCCCGCAAGGCCACAAACACAAGAGUGUAGAAAGUGCGCUCCUGGACCAGCAGGACAGCCGGGAUAUAUGGGACCCCCUGGAGCAUCAGGAAAUCCUGGUGAAGCAGGGCCACAAGGUAUGUCGGGCCGCCCUGGCAUGCCGGGAAUGGUGGGAAUGCCUGGAGAGAACGGACGAGAAGGAUCUGCUGGAAACUUGGGUGAACCAGGUCCACCAGGAAUGGAUGGCAUAAGAGGAGAAAAGGGACCGUCUGGAGAGAAGGGUCCAGCAGGUCCGCCUGGAAUGCCGGGUCCCCCUGGCUACUCAGGCCGCGAUGGAAGCGGUGGUUCGAUGGGACCACCAGGACCACUUGGGCCAGAGGGAAAACCAGGAAAUCCAGGAUUUCGUGGUCCAAUGGGUCCGCCAUCUAAUGAGGGAGGUCCAGGAGAAGAUGCUUCUUACUGCAAGUGUCCAACCAGAGCUCAGGUCAAGGCAGCCAGGGCACGUAGCCGCAAAGUUGCAGCAUAG